AAACUGAACUGCAAUGUGUCUUUAGUGUGCAGUGGCUGACAAGUGCACUUCUGCCUGUAGGCUGGCUUGUCGGCUCCUUCAAGGACACGACAAGGUUUACAAUACGCAAAAGGGGUCACAUUCAUCAGCGAUGGCGCAUCAAAGGCGAUUUCUCCAGUUUUGUUGUUGAUAUUCAGCUUGAAGUGAGGGGAUGGAUGUCUGCAUGGUCCUGGGAGGUCCGGAUAAUGUUCUCCUAGCCAAUAAUCCGGACGCUGGAAGUGGCGGUUUGAAGCAUGCCUGUGAUGAGCAGGACAGAAGCUCCAGCCCAUCUGUCUUUCGUUCUGUGACCACCAAAUGUAAAGAGGGUCUGCUAAACCGCAAGAGACCAUUUGUUGGAAGAUGCUGUCACUCCUGCACACCUCAAAGUCAGGAGAGGCUGUUCAAUCCCAGCAUCCCCUCACUGGGACUCCGUAAUGUGAUUUACAUCAAUGAAACGCACACAAGCUACUUUAAUUUUAUAUUAUGCAGACACAGAGGUUGGCUCGCACGGAGGUUGAGUUAUGUGCUCUUCGUCCUGGAAAGAGAUGUCCACAGGGACAUGUUCGCCCGCAACGUGGUGGAGAACGUGCUCAACAACAGCAGGCUGGAAAGCGCUAUUAUUGAAGUAGCAGCCGAGUCCGAAGAUGAUUCCAAAGCUGACGGUAAGGUCAGACGGAAGGCCAGAGGAUUCCUGCAGGAAAUGGUGGCCAAUAUCUCACCGGCCUUCAUCAGAUUAACAGGAUGGGUGUUGUUGAAGCUGUUCAAUGGAUUUUUCUGGAGCAUUCAGAUACAUAAAGGUCAACUAGAGAUGGUGAAGAAAGCAGCAUCAGAGUACAAUGCUCCACUGGUCUUUCUUCCUGUUCACAAGUCCCACAUAGAUUACCUGCUCAUCACCUUUAUCCUCUUCUGUCACAACAUCAAAGCCCCUCACAUCGCCGCCGGCAACAACCUCAACAUCCCCAUUUUAAGGACGCUUAUACGCAAACUUGGAGGUUUCUUCAUUCGCCGUAAACUUGAUGAGACGUCGGAUGGAAAGAAAGACGUGUUAUACAGAUCACUGUUACAUGCAUACACAGAGGAAUUGUUGCGUCAGCAGCAGUUUUUGGAGGUGUAUUUAGAGGGCACACGUUCUCGAAGUGGGAAGCCGUCUCCUGCCCGUGCUGGCAUGCUUUCCAUAGUGGUGGACACGCUGUGUACCGGCAGCAUCCCUGAUGUUUUGAUCGUGCCCGUUGGCAUCUCAUACGACCGCAUUAUUGAGGGAAACUACAACAGCGAACAGCUGGGAAGACCAAAGAAAAAUGAAAGUCUUUGGGGUGUGGCCUGUGGCGUGUUCAGAAUGCUCCGGAAGAACUACGGAUGUGUGCGUGUGGAUUUCACUCAGCCCUUUUCCCUAAAGGAGUACCUGGAUACGCAACGCAGUCGCCAUCUCCAAACCACUCUGACCCUGGAGCAGGUCCUUCUUCCCACCAUCAUCGCUGCACAGCCUGAUCAUGCUGUUGUUAAUGGAGAAGAUGGAGAUCAUGGAGACCUGACAGAUGAACCCUGGAGGAGGCAGGUUAUCGCUAACCUAGCCAAGCAUGUACUCUUCACCGCUAGCAAGUCAUCAGCAAUCAUGUCCACUCAUAUCGUGGCCUGUCUCCUCCUAUACCGACACAGAGAGGGUGUGCUGCUGUCUAAACUGGUGGAGGAUUUCUUCAACAUGAAGGAAGAGAUCUUGUCACGCGACUUUGACCUGGGAUUUUCCGGGAACUCGGAGGAUGUGGUGAUGCACGCGCUCAGCCUCCUGGGAAACUGCGUGAACGUCACCAGCACCAACAAAAACUCAGAGUUCAUCAUCGCCCCUCGAAGCACAGUUCCUGCACUCUUUGAGCUGAAUUUCUACAGCAAUGGCCUUUUCCAUGUCUUCAUCGGCGAUGCCAUUAUAGCUUGCACUGCGCUGGCCCUGCUGAAAGAACAACCAGCAAUAACUUCAGCACAUGAGCAGAGUUCCUCGUCCACGUUGCUGAGCCAGGAGAGACUCAUCCGCAGGGCUGCUGGACUCUCCCACUUUCUGUCCAAUGAGGUGGCAGUGGCAAUGCCUUGCCAGACUUUAUACCAGGUCUUGCAUGAUGCUGUCACCAGAUUGAUCGAGUACGGUGUGCUGAUCGUGGCUGAGGAGGAGCAGGAGGAGUUAAGCCCAUCUGAGGAGCCUUGGCCCAAGAAGUUUCCAGAGACUCUUACCUGGCGAAGCGAUGAGGAAGAUGAAGACAGUGACUUUGGAGAUGAACAGAGAGACCGUUACCUGAAGGUGAGCCUAUCUGCUGAGCACCAGGAGUUUUUUGUUUUCCUGCAGCGGAUUCUGACCCCGGUACUGGAGGCGUACAGCGGUGCAGCUAUCUUCAUACACGGCUUGAGUUCACCCAUGUCUGAGAGAGAGUACACCCAACAGCUUUUCAAAUAUCUAUUAACACGCACAGAGAGAGGAUUGGCAGCAUAUGGUGAGAGCGCCACACACUACCUCGUAAAGAAUACAGUGAAAACCUUUAAAGAGCUGGGGGUGCUUAAAGAAAGAAAAGAGGGUGGCGUGUGUCACGUGGAGCUGAGCAGUGCUUUCUUACCUCAGGCCAACAGGAACAAACUCCUGCAAUACAUUCUGGGUUUCAGCCUGCUGUGAGCCAUGAGCUGGAAACACCAGCUCUCCGCCCCCUCUGCUACCCCAAACAAGGGCUUUUUACUGGCUAGUCAUAUCUGUCAAAGGUGCUACUCUAUGGAACGUUUAACCUGGAAGUGCCUUCACCAAACGCCUCAUUAGACUCGAGUUAGUCUUCCCUUACUGUAAAAGCUUCUAGUUAUGCACUACAUAACUACAGUAUAGACUCAACUAAUGCAGCUCAUUCACCGUACCCUUUUAAAUGAACCUUCAACACGCACAGUAAAGGAUUACUGUAAUAGUUGUGCCAGUGAAAGCCCUUGAUUUCAGCUCAAUAAUUUUUGAGUUAUUAACUUAGAAAAGUACAUGAAUGUUACUGUUAUGAAAACAGGUUGAAUUUAGUGUUAACUAAUGCACCGAGGUGGUGAUUAGUUUAGAAAAUGUUUAAGGAUUAGUUCAUUCAAAAAUGAAACUUCUGUAUUUACUGUCUUCUGAUUUUUUGCAAACCUCUAUGACUGGUACGGUAUGCAGGAGUUCAGGGUUUUUUCCAAAUUUCCUGUUCAUCGUUUCAAAAGGUCAAGAGAAAAAUUAAUGUUUGUUAUUUUUUUGUUUGUUAGUAUGGCACAUUCAUCGAUUUGAAUGAUCCAGUUCAUUUAAAAAAACAAAUGAAUGUUUUGAUCAUGAAUGAGACUGAUACCAGUGCUCAGGUUUAACUCACUAACUCAAUAAACAAUCUUUAAGCUCACUAGGUAGGAACAUUAUUAGUGAACUCCGUUUUUUUUUUUUUUUUUUUUUGGCUAUUCCUAAAACAAUCAAACCAAUAUGGAUAGAAGUCAUAUAGGUUUGUAAUGAUAUUAGGGUAAGUGAAAUUUUGAUUUAUGGGUGAAUAAUUCCUUUAAAAUGGGCAUUUGUUUUGGUAAUUAAAUAUUUAAGCAAUUUGUGGCAGAGAUUUGUACCGAGUCUCAGCUGUUGUUAAACCACAUUAAAGCAGUGUAAAAAUAAUGAUUCAUUGGCAUUGUGCAACAAGAUUUUGUUAAUCAGUUUAAAGUUCACUGGUUUAGUCACUUCUCAUGUGUGAUCGGUCGUCCUUGAGGGAUUACUCUCAAAUUGUGAAUUAUAAAGCAAAUAAUAAUAUAUAACUGUAAUUGGCUAAGCAGGCCUGCAGUAUUGUGUGUGUGUGUGUGUGUGCACACGUGCACUUGCAAGCAAGUAUGUGUGUUUGUGUGCGUGCAGUGGAAAAUUACCAGGACUUGAAGCUUGAAUGUUUCAACUUGGCCAAUCUUUACAUGCUUGUUUACAGAUUGUAUCUGUGACAUUUAAAAGAUUGCUUUUAUUCCCUCCUGUAGAUUUACUGUUGUGUUUUGGUGUUAUGAUCUUGUGCGAUGAAUUGUCUGUAUAUUUUCGAGGGUAAGUGCAUGUGUGUACUAUGUCUGUAGUAUUGUAUUAAACCGUAUUUAUGCCACAAGCCUGUCUCAAAGCACACAACGAAUGGUCAAAAAGGUAUGCUGUGCCUUUUAUAACCACACAUUGUCUUUGUCGGUUGUCCAAACGUUUGCCAUUCAUUUUAAUGUAUUUAUGUAUUUAACAUUUACUUUUAAUGUUUUUUUUCUUUUUAAUUUUGAUGUAUAAAAUGAUGUCAUAUUGAUUUGAAACUAUAUGAGGGUGAGUAAAUGAUGACAGAUUUGUUUAACAUCCAUAUUAAUUUGCUAAUCUCCAUUUAGCUUUUAUUAAUUAUUUUAUGCCGUUUAAUCAUUUUCGUGUCAUGCAUUAUCCAGAUAAAGACGCAGUGCAUGUUUGUGAAAGUAACAAGUGUUGUGAAUAAGGGAAACUUGUGAGUCAGCGUGUGGAAAAUGUUAUGAUGCUUGCUAAAACUGUCUGCUUUAUGCAAUACAGGAUGUAUUGCAGUUGUGACUAAUACAGCAAUUAAAAUGUACAGUGGUCAUGAAUACAAUAAAGAUAUUGAAAUGGUUA